GUGUCGUCGGGAAGUGGGUGUUGAAAUGGUGUUUUUGUGUUUUUAGACUUGAAUUUUUAGAAUUCCGCUGCCACUCACUGGUUCCAAAAGGGCACAAAGGAAUUAAUGUAGUGUAAAAAUUGUCCGUGUAAAUGAAAAUAGGAAAAAUCAAAAUUACCCAAUGUGAAUCGGCAUUUUAACUUAAUCACGUAGCAGGAACAAUAAAAAGUAAAGUGUUUUAGUGGUGGUGUUCGGCCACAGAUAAGUUGAAACGCAAGUGAAGUGUACAUAAUAGCAUAACAGGCAGGCUGGCAACAAAACAACAACAACAAGUGUGACUGACGAGGGCAAUGGAAGAAAAAAUGCCUUUCACUUCGGACAAUCAAAGCCUGAUCGAAAUUGAACUGUUGGGAAAUGCGACAACGGCAAAUGAGGCAACCACGAAAGAAGUACGACUGGCCAUAAAGGGAAUGACCUGCCAAAGUUGUGUACGCAACAUUGAAGGAAAUAUAGGUACAAAGGCCGGAAUUAUAAAAUGUCGAGUGGAACUGCAAGAGAACGCAGGUUAUUUCACCUACGACAGUACAAUAACAAAUCCCACGCAAAUAGCAAACGACAUCGACGACAUGGGGUUUGAUUGCACCUACGAUGGGCAGACCGACGCAGAUCCUCCCAAGUGUGUGAUAAGAGUUUUGGGCAUGACAUGUCAAAGUUGCGUGCGUAAUAUUGAAGGUAAUAUUGGCACAAAGGAAGGCGUUAAAACAAUCAAAGUAUGUUUGGAAGACAAAAAUGCAAUAGUGGAAUAUGACAGUUCCAUACUUACUCCAGAUCUUAUUGCCGAAAUGAUAGACGACAUGGGCUUUGAAGCGCGUGCAUUAGAACAAACGUCCUCCUCAUCUCCAACAAAUAACUCACUUCCACCAUCUCCAAUAAAAAAAUCUCCCACACAAGCGAAUGACGAACAAAAGCAACAGGUGGCUGCCACCCCCUUAAAGGUUGUAACCAAUGGACAUGCCACUUCCAUACCAGUUGAAAACGAACUUUUAUCAAAAUGCUUCCUGCACAUACGCGGAAUGACUUGUGCCAGUUGUGUGGCCGCCAUCGAGAAGCAUUGUAAGAAAAUUUACGGUAUUGACAGUGUUUUGGUGGCUUUAUUGGCGGCCAAAGCGGAAGUAAAGUACAACGGCAAUGUAAUCACACCCGAAAGCAUAGCUAAAUCAAUUACUGAGCUGGGAUUUCCCUCGGAGUUGAUCGAUGAGCCCAACAGCGGCGAGGCUGAAGUGGAGAUAGAAAUUUUGGGCAUGACCUGUGCAUCAUGUGUAAAUAAAAUAGAAACGCAUGUGGGAAAACUGAAAGGGAUAUCCGAAGCCUCCGUUACUUUACUAACAAAACGAGGAAAAUUUCGCUACAAUACCGAAGUCACUGGACCCCGUAACAUAUGUGAAGCUAUCGAACAAUUGGGCUUUCAAGCCCACUUACUAUCCGGUAAGGAUAAAAUGGCCCACAGCUAUUUGGAGCACAAGGAAGAAAUACGCAAAUGGCGUACAGCAUUUUUAAUAUCACUACUGUUUGGUGGACCUUGCAUGAUUGCCAUGAUAUAUUUUAUGGUUGAAAUGGGCAAUAGAGGACAUGCGGCCAUGUGUUGUCUGGUGCCCGGCCUGUCUAUGGAGAAUCUAGUUAUGUUUUUGUUAUCAACACCGGUGCAGUUCUUCGGCGGUUGGCAUUUUUAUGUGCAGUCGUACAAAGCCAUCAAACAUGGCACCACCAAUAUGGAUGUUCUUAUUUCUAUGGUCACUACUAUAUCCUAUUUGUACUCAGUGGGUGUUGUAAUUGCUGCAGUGUUGAUGGAACAAAACUCGUCGCCUUUAACAUUCUUCGAUACACCCCCAAUGCUUUUGAUUUUUAUAUCCUUGGGAAGAUGGCUGGAACAUAUUGCCAAAGGAAAAACAUCGGAGGCUCUUUCCAAACUGUUAUCCUUGAAGGCUGCCGAAGCGGUGCUUGUACAAAUAUCCGACGAUUUUGAAAUAACAUCGGAAAAAGUUAUAUCCGUGGAUUACGUGCAGAGAGGUGAUAUUCUGAAAGUCAUACCAGGAGCCAAGGUGCCUGUGGAUGGCAAAGUUCUUUAUGGUCAUUCUACAUGUGACGAGUCCUUGAUUACUGGAGAAUCUAUGCCAGUUGCAAAGCGGAAAGGGGCUGUGGUGAUCGGUGGUUCCAUUAACCAAAAUGGCGUCUUGUUGAUAUCAGCCACCCACACGGGUGAGAACACUACCUUGGCACAAAUUGUCCGCCUGGUGGAAGAGGCCCAAACAUCUAAAGCUCCCAUUCAGCAAUUGGCUGAUCGCAUCGCUGGCUAUUUUGUGCCCUUUGUUGUAGUGGUCUCCAGUGUGACGUUAAUAGGCUGGAUAAUAGCGGGUUUUGCAGAUCCCAACCUGGUGCCAGUGGCCAUGGAACACAAGGCCCAUAUGGAUACCAACACCAUAGUGGUGAGUUAUGCGUUCAAGUGUGCCUUGAGCGUUUUGGCGAUUGCUUGCCCUUGCGCCUUGGGUUUGGCGACGCCAACCGCUGUUAUGGUGGCCACUGGCACAGGGGCUAUUAACGGCGUUUUGGUAAAAGGAGCCACAGCGCUGGAAAAUGCUCACAAGGUAAAAACUGUUGUUUUUGACAAGACUGGCACUAUCACUCACGGUACCCCGAUGACUUCAAAGGUGAUAAUGUUUGUAAAACCCACCUUUUGCAGCCUGGCUCGCGCUCUUACCAUAGUUGGUGCUGCCGAGUCGAAUAGUGAACAUCCCAUAGCUUCCGCCAUUGUGAGGUUCGCCAAAGAUAUGUUGGCUCAGGACUCUUUAGGUAAAUCGGCAAAUUUUCAAGCCGUUCCCGGCUGUGGAAUCAAGGUUACAGUUUCUCAUUACGAAACUGCACUGAGACAGUCCUGUAACGCAGAGAAGAUAAUAAACUUUGAGAACAGUUACCGUUCACAUGGUAACAACAUUCAAAAGGCUCCCGUCCAAUUGGAAAAUGGUGUUUCCAUUGCUGAACUAAUACCCUCCCAAAGUGAGAACCAGCGUUUACAGGCUAGCCAAAAACAGCAACAUUUACAGUUGUUGCAACUGGAUGAUCAAAUAGCCGCACCUGUGCCAGAGGUAGCUGGAGAUGUCGCUUCUGUACUGGACAGUGAAAUUAAUGUACUUAUCGGCAAUCGAGAAUGGAUGCUGCGCAAUGCCAUACAGGUGUCUUCGGAAAUCAAUAAUGCCAUGGCCGAAGAGGAAUCUAAAGGAAGGACGGCGGUGCUAUGCGCUUUGAAUGGACAACUGAUAUGUAUGUUUGCAGUUUCCGAUAUGGUUAAACCGGAGGCCCAUUUGGCCGUAUAUACUUUGAAAAAAAUGGGCAUUGAUGUUAUACUUCUGACGGGUGAUAAUAAAAAUACAGCAGCAAGCAUAGCACGAGAGGUUGGUAUAAAUCGAGUCUUUGCUGAGGUUCUACCAUCGCAUAAAGUGGCAAAAAUUCAACGCAUACAAGAGGCAGGCCAUCGUGUGGCUAUGGUAGGCGAUGGUGUAAAUGACAGUCCAGCUUUGGCACAAGCAGACGUUGGCAUUGCCAUUUCAGCGGGAACUGAUGUAGCAGCCGAAGCUGCCGAUGUAGUUUUAAUGCGCAAUGAUCUGCUGGAUGUAGUCGCUUGUUUGGAUUUGUCGCGCAAAACUGUCAAACGUAUACGCUACAAUUUCCUCUUUGCCAGCAUGUACAAUCUAUUGGGAAUACCCUUGGCUUCGGGUAUUUUCGCUCCAUUCGGCAUUACAUUACAACCAUGGAUGGCCUCGGUUGCAAUGGCCGCCAGUUCGGUGUCGGUGGUUUGCUCCUCGCUCCUGUUAAAAUUGUAUCGUAAACCUACUGCAGCGAAAUUGCGAACGUCGGACUACAUGGAGUAUGUGGCCACAUCCAAGGAACGCGAACCCGACCAAUUGUCGCUGCACCGAGGCCUGGAAGAUUUGCCACGUCGUCGCUCCAGCUCAUCGCUAUUGUCUCGCAUCUUUUUGAGCUCUGGUAGCAUUAAAAUGGACCCCAACGAAGACUCUCUGUUGGCCGGCGAAGAUGUUGAAUAUAUCAAGCCAAAAAUAGUCAAAAGUAAGAAUUUGCAAGAGGUCACCGAGUUACAAAAGUUAUAGACUCUGCCAGGUGUCUAUUAUCGCCAACCCAAAGAGACAUGAGAAAGUUGUUGAUCAUUUGAUUGUUUUGUUUUGUGCAUACAUGCAUGCCUCCUGCAAGUGUGCACACUGUUAUGGCAAGAGAACGUAUUCCUUAAUUUUAUUUUUCUUGUUAGGUGAAUAUCCAUUUUUGUUUAUUUGUUAAAUUUUACGUCAUCAUUUUUCUACAUAACUCGCCUUAUACACAUCAUAAGUUUGUCCCUAAAUAGCACAUCCACUCACUCACUUGAAAAUGUUCAUUUACUUGUAUUUUUAAGACCAAAAAUUGGAAAAAGAAAGGAAGUUAUAAAACUGUGAAUGCUAAGUUUCUUUUCGAAAUCUUACCUAUCUACAAGUGUAUAGAAAAGUAUCCCAUAAGAAAAGCUUACAUUAAAGCUAUAUAUUUUGUAAUAGCAAUUAAAACGAUUUAAACAAAACACACACAAAGACAAAUUCAUGUAUAUUGUAAUAUAUAACUUUUUUUUUUAUAUGUAUAAUCAAUCCAUUGUAACUAUGUGACGACCAGGCAUUGUUUGGUUUGCAAACAUAUGCUCAAAAUCAAACUAAAUAAAAUUCUUCAAUUCAA